AUGGCAUCUGUGUCCGAAGCGGAAAAUGAUCCUUUCGAUACAAUCUUAAGUCUAGAAGACAAGUUCUAUGAGGAUGGUUUCCAGCUUGGCUAUAAAGAUGGGGAGCGCGUAGGAUUGGUCGAAGGUCGAUGUUUCGGCCUCGAGAAAGGCUUCGAAAAGUUCUUAUUGAUGGGCAAAUUGCACGGCAAUGCUGCUGUAUGGUCAGCAAGACUUAAAACUCAGGAGGACAUUGUAGAGUCGGGCGAAGAUGCUGUCGAUCAGGUUAAUGUCACGAGUCACAAAUUCCCUGUUCCUAACCCAAGCGUCGCUCAAAACUUGCGGCUAGCUUCACACCUCAAGACCCUGUACGCUUUAACCGAAAUGGAGACACUCUCUACGCAAAAUACUGAGGAUGCUAUUGCCGAGUUUGAUGACCGUUUGCGACGCGCGGAAGGUAAAGCCAAGAUUAUAGAGAAGCUCACAGGUGACCGACGUAUCGACUUUAAUACUAAGGGGAGCCUGACAACGGUUCGAAGUAACGGUGAGACAAAUUUAGAGGGCAAUAUUGAAGACACCAGUAUUUUGAACGCAAGGCACUGA